GCUGCUUCCAGGCUCGGGUGCCAGGCGGACAUGCGGGCAGCGCGCUGCGUCCUCGCCCUGCUCCUGGCCACCGCCGGGGCGGCGGGAGGGCACGUCUGUGGCAGGGGGCAGUUCCGGUGCCAGAGUGGCGCGUGCAUCUCCUUCCGGUGGGUGUGCGACGGCAGCUCCGAGUGCCCCGACGGCUCGGACGAGUCCCAGGCCACCUGUGCCUCGGUGACCUGCAAGCCCGAGGACUUCAGCUGCGGUGGCCGCCUCAAUCGUUGCAUCCCUCAGUCCUGGAGAUGCGACGGGCAAGUGGACUGUGAGAACGGCUCCGACGAGCUGGGCUGUGCCCCCAGGACGUGCUCGCAGGACGACUUCCGCUGUGGCGAUGGCAAGUGUCUCUCCCGGACGUUCGCCUGCGACGGGGACCGUGACUGCCCCGACGGCUCAGACGAGGCGGCCUGCCCGGUGUCCACGUGCGGCCCUGCCCAGUUCCAGUGCAACAGCUCCACGUGCAUCCCCGAGCUGUGGGCCUGCGACGGCGACCCCGACUGCCCCGACGGCUCGGACGAGUGGCCGCAGCGCUGCGGGGGCCGCGACACGAUGGCCAGGCCGGUCGGCGGCCCCUGCUCCGCCCUGGAGUUCCACUGCGGCAGCGGCGAGUGCAUCCACGCCAGCUGGCGCUGCGACCACGACACGGACUGCAAGGACGGCUCCGACGAGCGGGACUGCGCCGUGCCCACAUGCCGCCCCGACGAGUUCCAGUGCUCAGAUGGGACGUGUGUCCAUGGCAGCCGCCAGUGUGACCAGGCAUAUGACUGCAAGGACCUGAGCGACGAGGUUGGCUGCGUGAACGUGACGCGGUGUGAAGGGCCCGGCAAGUUCAAGUGCCACAGCGGGGAGUGCAUCUCGGCAGACAGGGUGUGCGACUCGGUCAGGGACUGCCGGGACUGGUCGGACGAGCCCAUCAAAGAGUGCGCGACCAACGAGUGCCUGGACCACAACGGCGGCUGCUCCCACAUCUGCAACGACCUCAAGCUCGGCCACGAGUGUCUGUGUCCCGACGGCUUCCGCCUGGUGGGCCAGCGGCACUGCGAGGAUAUUGACGAGUGCGAGGACCCCAGCGCGUGCAGCCAGCUCUGCGUGAACCUGCCGGGCAGCUACAAGUGCGAGUGUGAGGCUGGCUUCCGGGUGGACCCCUACAGCGGAUCCUGCAAGGCCGUGGGGUCCAUCGCCUACCUCUUGUUUACCAACCGGCACGAGGUGAGGAAGAUGACGCUAGACCGCAGCGAGUACACCAGCCUCAUCGCCAACCUCAAGAACGUGGUGGCCCUGGACACCGAGGUGGCCAGCAACAGAGUCUACUGGUCAGACCUGUCCCAGCGCCAGAUCUACAGCGCCCAGAUGGACAAGGCGCAAGGCUUCCACGCCUACGACACGGUCAUCAGCGGGGACCUGCAGGCCCCCGACGGGCUGGCCGUGGACUGGAUCCACGGCAACAUCUACUGGACCGACUCCGUGCUGGGCGCCGUGUCCGUGGCCGACACGCGGGGCUUCAGGAGGAAGACGCUGCUGCGGCAGGAAGGUUCCAAGCCCAGGGACAUCGUGGUGGACCCCGUGCACGGCUUCAUGUACUGGACGGAUUGGGGGACCCCCGCCAAGAUCCAGAAAGGGGGCCUGAAUGGUGUGGACAUCUACUCGCUAGUGACCGAAGACAUCCAGUGGCCCAACGGCAUCACCCUGGAUCUUUCCAGCGGCCGCCUCUACUGGGUGGACUCCAAGUUGCACUCCAUCUCCAGCGUGGACGUCAACGGGGGUAACCGGAAGAAGGUGCUGGAAGACGAGAAAUGGCUGGCGCACCCCUUCUCCUUGGCCAUCUUCGAGGACAAAGUGUUCUGGACCGACGUCAUCAACGAGGCCAUUUUCAGCGCCAACCGCCUCACGGGCUCCGACGUCCACCUGGUGGCCGAGAACCUGCUGUCCCCGGAGGACAUCGUGCUGUUCCACAACGUGACACAGCCGAGCGGCGUCAACUGGUGCGACAUGACGGCCCUCCCCUACGGCGGCUGCCAGUACCUGUGCCUGCCGGCUCCGCAGAUCAACGGCCACUCGCCCAAGUUCACCUGCGCCUGUCCGGAUGGCAUGGCCCUGGCCGAGGACAUGAGGAGCUGCGUCACAGAAGCUGCGGCUGCCAUGUCCACCACCCCCCUGGGGACAGCCCGGUCCACGGCCCUGGGGCCAACGCAGAGCCCGGGCAGCCGGCCGCCUGCCGCCACUGCGCUGCGGCCCACGUCCUCCCGUGGGCUCGGCACCACGCAGGCAGUCACCGUCUCACAGCAAGCCCUCAACAACGUGGACAGCCAAGGCAGCGAGGGGAGACCUAGGCGCGUGGGGGCUCUGUCCAUCGCCCUGCCCAUCGCGCUGCUGGGCCUCCUGGGCUUCGGCGCCUUCCUGGUCUGGAGGAACUGGCGGCUGCGGAACAUCAACAGCAUCAACUUCGACAACCCCGUGUACCAGAAGACCACCGAGGACGAGGUGCACAUCUGCCGCAGCCAGGAGGGUUACACGUACCCGUCGCGGCAGAUGGUCAGCGUGGAGGAUGACAUGGCCUGAGACGCCCACGCUGCGUGGCCUGUCCACCGCUACUGGACACGGCGCGCCAGGAGGACAGUUUGCACGCCCUUGACCCUGAGUGUCCGCGGCUGCCUGCCCACCCGGGCUGUGUGUUAUAUAUUUAUUCGGGAGGCAGAAGGCGGCGCCGGCACCCACCGAGACGCAUGGCGGGCGGGGGACUUCCUGGACGGAAGUGGGUUGGCCGAGGCCAGGCGGGCCGGCCCUUCAUUAACCUCGCCCGUGCCACAUCAGGGUCAGCCUCAGGUCCACCUCUCGUGUCCUCGGAGCCAGGGGACCCUUGAGUCCCUACCAGGAGCCCUUAAUGGUUCAUGAAGUGCCUGAGAACAUCCGGCUGCCUUGCACGUGCAGCCUCCGCCCGAGCCUGCUGUGCACGCACUCUCAUUUUGCACUGUUGCCUGUGGAACGCCGACUGGCGGAUGGCGUGGCUGGCCGGCCGUGCGUGGCGUUGCAGCUUUGCAUCGAGCAGAACUCCAGCCCCGGCCCCACGUGGCGUGCCCACACCGGCCGCUCCUCACGCUUAGAGAAGCCGACACUGUACCGCCCCAGCCCACAUGUACAUAAGCCGUCCCCGUCGAGUCUUGCACUUUGGAGAGACGCUUGUCCCGUGUACAUAUCUAUAAAAACAAGAUCUAUUUAUUUUUGCA